AUGGUUAGACUUAACUUUUCUGCACUCAAGCACUAUUUUGUCAAUUUUGCAGAUCAAGCGGGUCGACCAGCUAAGAUGUUCUGGAGCAACCCGCCACGAAACAUUCUAAUACCACUAGUAAGCAUGUGCCUCUAUCUUGUCCAUCCGCACUUCUCUCUAGAUGAUAUGUACAUGAAACAAAUUUCAAGACAUAUUCGGGAUAGGGAUGGUGAUCUCUUUCGAUUCGAAGUAUUCCACGUCCCUGAGGCUAGUAACGUCGACUGUGCCCAGCAUUACCGAGACGAACUAAAGGCUCGAGGUGAUGUAUUUGAGCAAGUUCAAGAGGCGGAACAGUCAUACAAAAACUGGGAGGAUAAGGAAACAGACGCUCAGUACGCAGCUGAAAGUGAGCCCGACGGCAAGCUUGCUGGCCUUGUAUCAUCACAAAAGGGCCCACUUGUUGCUUACCGCGGCGUCGUAUACGAGUACACGGAUGCUACAUGCAAACAUGAAGACGAAGAGUAA